UAUUGAGUCCCGAUGGUUUCAUUAUCUGAUCGAUUGAUUAGGAAAGAUGGGAUACGAUUUGUGGUUGCGAUUUCUUAGGAGUUUUUCCGGAGAAUUAUAUGGUAUAUGUCCGGCUUCGGAUGCUGAGUGGAGGUGGAUUUGCGUGGGAUUAUAUAUAGGGUGUAGAGACUUCUGAUGGUUUAAUUUUCUUUCUUUAGAUUUCUUACUUGGGAUACUUUUAUUUUGAGUUCUACUUACACUUCGUGCUUCAAGUUGUUUGUUCCUAAUUCAUGAGAGAUUUUGAGAGUGUUAUGUUAUUCAUACGACAUCGAUAGUGGGAUAUACUUGGAGAGGAGACGAAAAGAGAGAAAGAAAGAAGAUAAAUCUCUUCAUCUCAAUCUUCAUACACAUACACACUCACACUUCAUCCCAAAUCAAAAUCAAAAUGGCUCCCUACAUCACCGACCAAGAACUUCCUCAACCAACUCCAACUCCAGUCUCUAAAGACCUCACCGAUGACAAAGAAUCUUCAUCUUUACAAACCAAAGACAACCCCAUCUCCUCAUCCGCCCAAACCCUAAAACCAACCUACCAAUCUAUCUCUCAACACCGCCAACAACAAAUCACCUCCUCUAUUUCACCAGAAUGGAUUCUUCCACCUCAUAUCCUGGAAGCAUCUCGCAAACAUCCUAUCAAUCUCGUAAAAACAUGUGGUCUUUUAAAUGAAAGAGAGAUAGAGGUUGUGUAUAGUAAUGCAGUUACUUUACUUGAGAAGAUGAGGAGGAGGGAGUAUACGGCUGUGGAGGUUACGAGGGCAUUUUGUAUUGCGAGUGCGGUUGCGCAUCAGGCUGUGAGUUUUUUAUUUAAUUUUGCUCUUUUUAGACUUGGUGAUUCUUGAGAGGAUGAACGGCUUUGAGAAUUUGUGCACAUUGAAGGAGAGACAAAAAAACUAAUGAUAAAUAGACAAACUGUCUAGCCUGGACCAUGUACGACUCAGCUCUUUCCCGCGCCGCCGAACUCGACGCGCACAUGGAAUCAACAGGAAAUCCUAUAGGACCUCUCCACGGUCUCCCAAUUUCAGUAAAAGAACAUCUAUAUCUCAUCGACACGCCCUCAACCUCUGGAUUCGUAGCAUGGGCCAAUAAUUUCUGCACGAAUAAUGAGCAAGAAGGAGUUUGUGUCAAAGUGCUCCGAAAUUCUGGUGCAAUCUUCCACGUCAAAACAACUAAUCCUCAAGGUCUCAUGUCUCUUGAAACUUCAUCGAAUCUGUACGGUACCACUACCAAUCCUCUUAACACCACACUUUCUCCCGGCGGUUCCUCGGGCGGCGAAUCAGCACUCAUAGCUAUGCAUGGAUCUAUUUUAGGAAUUGGGACGGAUAUUGGAGGAAGUAUUAGAGUACCUGCAAUAAGUUGUGGUCUUUACGCAUUAAAACCUAGUGUUGCACGACUCCCGCAUUCCGGGUUAUCUGGAGCUCAUGAUGGGAUGGAAAGUAUAGUUGGUGUAGUGGGUCCAAUGGCGACAUGUAUGGAUGAUGUAGAGAUGUUCUGUAAGACAUUGUUGGAUGCUGAGCCUUGGAGACAAGAGGUAGGAUUAUUGCCUAUUCCAUGGGGAUGUCGUGAUAGUACUGAGGAGGAGGGGGAGCAAGAGGAGAUGAGAAAAUUGAGAAUAGGUAUUAUAUACACCGACGAAGUACAUACACCCCACCCACCCAUCACACGAGUCCUCCACAAUACAACCUCGAAACUAGCAACCUCCGGACACGAAAUUAUCCCCUUCCCCACACAUCUCCACCGCCCUAUCACAGAAAUAAUCGACGCCCUCUACCUCCUCGACAACGGCGCCGAAUACCUCACCCACCUAUCCCACACCUCAGAACCCGCUACCCCACUCCUUCAAUGGCUCCUCUCAAAACCCACCACCAAAUCUAGAAGUAUCCCCGAACAAUGGAUUUUGCAUCAACAGAGAAAUCGUCUUCAAAAUGAAUAUGCGAAAAUCAUGCAAGAGAUGAAUGUUGAUUGUAUUAUAGCGCCCGGAGGUGUAAGUGUGGCGAAUGCGCAUGAGGAGGCGAGGUAUUGGGGUUAUACGUCUGUGUUUAAUGGGUUGGAUUUACCGGUUUUUUGUUUACCGGUUGGGGAGGUGAGGGAGUUUGUGGGGAGGUGAGAAGAGAGUGGAGAGGUGGAUGGAAUGGAUGGUGGUCUUGAGGAGGAUGGAAAUCGAAAAUCGGAGAUAGAGAAAGAAGUCAAGAGAGAACAGAAAUGGAAAACAAUGGGGUGAAAUGAACAAGGAGCUAAGAAGUGAGGGAGGAAGUGUAGGGAUACAGAUUGUAGGGAGGGUGGAAGAGAUGAGGAUGGCGAGGAUUAUUGAGAGGGAUUUGGGGUUGGGUUUGUGAACUUUUGAAAUCGCGGAUUUAUGAUUAGAUGGACGGAUUAUUUAUGUUUGUAUUUCAAAAAAUUGUGGUUUGAGAAUAGAUUUGAUAGUGAUAUUAUAUAAGAAUCUUUAUAUUCUAUUAUAUACU